AUGAAGAUACGUCACGCUCGUCUAAACCUACUUCUCCUUCUACUACCUCUAAUCAACCUUCUCCUCUUUCCGACAUUAUCUUCCGCUCAAGACUACGGCGAAGAUGCCGAGAAGAAAGACAAACCUCCACCAGGUCUCGCCCGUUGCAACGGUGUUUACAUGUCAUACAACUCCGGCGGCCGCGAGAAGCUAUACCCUCGCACCAAGAACGCGACAGCUCAAGCCUGGUCCUUCAAGGCAACGGCUAUGAUCGUGAACACGGGGAUAGAAGAGGUCAAAGGCUGGGAAAUGUUCGUAGGGUAUAACCAUAAAGAGAUCAUUGUUUCCGCUACGGGAGCUGUCUCAUCUGAUGGUGACUUUCCGUACGAUGCAAGUAAUGGGACAACGUUCAUUGGUUCUCCUAAUACGGAUCUUAAGACCUCGAUUGAAACAGCUGGUGACUAUACUAAGAUCUCAACGAAUAUUGAGAUAACAGGAACGCUUUUUGGUGGUAGAGGCACGGCUACGCCGUUGCCUAAAUCGAUCAAGCUUGUUAAUGAUGGUUGGCAAUGCCCUGCUGCUACUUCAAAAGCUGGUACAAUGCAAGUUUGCUGCAAGAGGAACCCUAAGUUUAAAGCUAAAAAGAAAACCAAAACCAAGUUCGCGCGUAGACGAAAUGGAGACUUGAAUAUAAUAUACGAUGUUCUUCAAGCUUACACAAGCAACUACAUGGCGCAGGUAACUAUAGACAAUGAUAGUCCAUUGGGACGGUUAGACCACUGGAAUUUAACAUGGGAGUGGAUGCGAGGAGAGUUCAUCUACUCCCUGCGUGGAGCUUACUCAGCUGAGAAGAACCCGUCAGAAUGCUUGCACAGCAAGGCAGGACAGUUCUAUGGGGAUCUUGAUUUCUCUCAGGUAGCUACUUGCCAGAAGAAGCCUAUUAUCAAGGACUUACCGGCUGAGCGUAAAGAAGAUAAACAACUCGGGAUGUUGCCUUUCUGCUGCAAGAAUGGAACUCUCUUGCCAGCUCUCAUGGAUGCCUCUAAGGCCAGAGCCAUCUUCCAGUUACAGGUAUACAAGGUGCCACCUGAUCAGAACAGAACAGCAUUCUUCCCUCCUCAGCAUUGGAAAAUAGACGGUAUAGUCAAUCCACAGUACAAAUGUGGACCACCUGUAAGAGUGGAUCCAACCGGAUUCCCUGACCCGAGCGGUCUCCAAGCCACCACCUACGCAAUAGCUAGCUGGCAAAUCAUCUGCAACAUAACAAAACCUAAACCAAAAGCUGCUCGUUGCUGUGUCUCUUACUCAGCCUUCUACAACGACUCAGCCAUCCCUUGCAACACAUGUGCUUGCGGUUGCGGAGAUAUCGACACAGACACAUGCAACGAUAACGCCAGACAGCUUCUCCUCCCUCCAGACUCGCUCUUGGUACCUUUUGGAAACAGGACGUUAAAGGCGAAAGUAUGGGCAAAGAGGAAACACAUGUCUGUUCCAAAGAAGCUUCCUUGUCCUGAUAACUGUGGAAUCAGCUUAAACUGGCAUGUUAACUCGGACUACGCUGAUGGAUGGUCUGCGAGGGUGACGGUUUUUAACUGGGGAGCUAAUGCAGUGGAGGAUUGGUUUGCUGCUGUGGAUUUGGGUAAAGCUGGUUUAGGGUAUGAAAAUGUUUACUCGUUUAAUGGGUCAAGAGUUCCACCUAAGAACCAGACUAUUUUCUUUCAAGGACUUCGUGGUAUGAACUUCUUGAUUGGUCUCAAAAAUGGGACGCACCCUAGAGACCCUAAGGUUCCAGGGAAAAUGCAGUCGGUUAUAUCGUUUAAGAAGCAUUUGGGGACUUUCAAUAUUCCAGGAGGAGAUGGAUUCCCAAAGAGAGUUUUCUUUAAUGGUGAAGAAUGUGCGCUUCCUAAGUUCUUUCCUAAAAAGAGUUCAGGGAUGAGACUAUCUGGUAUACGAUUCUUGCACUCAAUUCUCCUGGUGAUCACAACAUUUGUAGUGAUUAUGUGUUGGUUUUAA